AUGUCUCCGCCUCAGUCGCUGCACUGCUCCUCUAUGGCAGCGAGUCGUCUGCGUCCACUCACCUCAGCUAGGGUUUCGGACUCGGCCUUUCCUCAAUCAGCCUCCCAAGUCGUUUCCCGGACGGGCAUACCCCGAGCCCCGACGCUCCAGGCGGCUAGCUCCACCUCCACCUCCACCUCCCAGCGCCCCUCGCCGUCAGCCGCCCCGCCCUCGCCCCCGUCGCCCCCACCGCUGCUUCAUCACCUAGUCCUGCUGCCGCUACCCGUCGCUCACAGCGUUGCUCCCUACAACCGUCUGCAGUCCCAGCGGCGCGCCUCUCCUCCUUCCGCUGCUCCAGAUCCGAGGCAGGUCACCGCUGGGGACGCAGCACGAGCGCCAGAGCUCUCACUGGAGCUAAUAGGAUUUUGAGAAGAGGAAUAUAAUCAUGGAUAUCAUGCAGACUAGUGACUCUUCACAUCAUGGAAUUGUAGAAAAUAGCCCGUACAGAAUUCCAUAUGACAGACAUGCAGAAGGUGGUCAACUUGGUGCUUCAUGGUAUUUUAGUAGAAAAGAAAUAGAGGAGAAUUCCCUAUCGAGGAGAGAUGGCAUUGAUCUGAAGAAAGAGUCUUAUCUUCGCAAGUCAUAUUGCACAUUUCUGCAGGAUUUGGGGAUGAGGCUUAAAGUGCCUCAAGUGACAAUUGCUACUGCUAUAGUGUUCUGUCAUCGGUUUUUUCUUCGUCAAUCUCAUGCGAAAAAUGAUAGACGGACAAUUGCAACAGUAUGUAUGUUCUUGGCGGGAAAAGUUGAAGAAACACCCAGGCCUCUGAAGGAUGUCAUACUCCUUUCAUAUGAGAUCAUCCACAAAAAGGAUCCUGCUGCAGUUCAACGAAUAAAACAGAAGGAAGUAUAUGAACAACAGAAGGAACUUAUUUUACUUGGGGAACGUGUUGUGCUUGUAACACUUGGUUUUGAUUUGAAUGUGAACCAUCCUUACAAGCCCUUGGUUGAAGCAAUAAAAAAAUUCAAGGUUGCUCAAAAUGCACUUGCUCAAGUUGCCUGGAAUUUUGUCAAUGAUGGGCUCCGCACUUCACUUUGCCUUCAAUUUAAACCGCACCAUAUUGCGGCUGGCGCAAUCUUCCUGGCUGCGAAGUUUCUCAAAGUCAAGCUUCCAUCAGAUGGCGACAAGGUCUGGUGGCAAGAGUUUGAUGUAACUCCGCGGCAGUUGGAAGAGGUUAGCAACCAGAUGUUGGAACUCUAUGAGCAAAACCGUGUUCAACCAACACCACCACAAGGUAAUGAUACUGAAGGCAGUUCUGCAAGUGUUGCGAAUCAACGUGCUUCUGGUAAAGUUCCAGGAGUAGCUGAUGAACCUCCUGCCCAUGAACAUAAUCAAGCACCCAGACAAUCGAGCCAACAGAACAUGUCAGGCCACCAUGGCUAUGACCACCCUCAUCCGGAGAAGCAAAACUAUAGGAUGCCACCAAAUGAAGCAAGGGAUGGCACUGCUAAUAGCAACGAAGGUCCCAAUGUAUCAUCCUCGAUGAUGGAUGCAAUGAAGAAGAUAAACAAGGAUAAGGUGAAAGCGGCCCUGGAGAAGCGGAGGAAAUCGAAAGGUGACCUUUCAAGAAAGGCUGAUGUGAUGGAUGAUGAUGACCUCAUUGAGAGGGAGCUGGAACAUGGCGUGGAGUUGGCUGUCGAGGAUGAGAAGAUCAAGCAGGAGAGAAGGCAGGGCUGGCCUCAUCCUGCACACCGUGUAGACCACCAGAGCACCAACCGUGAGAAUACUGAAGAGGGUGAGCUGUCCAUGGACAGUCAGGAAUACCAUUCUCCGGAGCAUGACAAUCGGAAGAGAAAGGAUGCACAUGAGCACCGGAACUAUGAUCGUGACGAAAGGGACCUUAAAAGGUUAAGGUCUUGAGAGUUUCAUGUUGUUUGGACUAUAACAUGAUGUGGAACCUAUCUUUCUGUCACUGGUGUACUUGAUGCUUAUUUGCUGUGCUGGGGGAUUUGAACUGUGACAUAUAUAAGUUAAGAUGGUUUCCCCACGGAUCAUGUAUGUGUUAAGCCAUGUUGGCAAUUGAGAUGACGCUGUGACUUGAGUAUUCAACAGGUUUAUGCUGGAAACAAUACUAUUAAGGAAGCUACAUCCUACGGCUAUCUGAAGUGUGUAUGUAUUUGAUUCAAGGUUACCUGAAACCUAAUGGUAGCACGCGAUUUUAUUAUUCGUCUAUCUUGGACUUGGAACACUGGUACUGGGGAUGAGAUAGAUCGUGCAUAGAUUAUUGUUGAUUUUGAUA